ACGGCAAGGUGACGUUGAGUGUGUAGAGAUGCUCGACUGUCCUUCGUGAUGAAGAAUUGAGCACGUUCAGGCGAGGUGCCGAAUCGUAUUCCCGACCGGAUAUAUCCCCUGCCAGUACUUCGUACCUACUGAACGCUCUUCUCUACACUCACUUCUUCAAUCAGCCGCACCAAUACUACAAGUCACUAUGGCAUAUGCGCGACCAAUCAAGCUCGCAGUCUUGGACGACUACCACAACAUCGCGCAGCAGCACUUCUCCCACCUACCCAGCGCGCAGGUUGAGAUCACCGUCUUCAGCGAUACACUUCCAUCAUACUCCCAUUCUAAGACCACAGAUGCCGAACGUCAAGCACUAGUGGAGCGAUUGCACCCCUUCUCAGUCCUGAGCACAAUGCGAGAACGUACACCAUUUUCAGGGGAGCUGCUGCGCCAGCUGCCUAAUCUGAAAGUAAUCUUCGCAACAGGCGGGAAGUUUGAAAGCUGGGAUCUGGCGACAAUGAAAGAGCUUGGUAUUACUAUUUGCGCUGCGCCAGGCAAAGGACGCACGGAUGGAAAGGGAAGCGGACUGUCGCCACGCUCGUUGCCGAUGAGGCAGGGUGGUGGGCACCCGACUACGCAGCAUGUAUGGGCCUUGAUCCUUGCACUGGCGAGAAACGUAGCUGCAGACGAUGCGGUCGUUAAAGGAAAGCGUGGAAACAAGGCGUGGCAAACUGGACUAGCGAUUGGGUUGCAAGGAAAGACGUUAGGCCUUGUGGGCUUGGGAAAGAUUGGGUCUCACGUCGGGAGAGUCGGUGUUCUUGCAUUUGGCAUGAGAAUCGUCUGCUGGAGUGCAAAUUUGACCCAGGAGAAGGCGGACCAGCUCGCGGCGGAGGCCGGCUUGCCAGUCACGGGAGGAGGCAUGAUUGCAGAUGACGAGAAGACGUUCAAGGUGGUCAGCAAAGAGGAGGUGUUCAGUACUGCGGAUGUGGUCUCAUUGCACUACGUGCUAAGCGAGCGAUCGAAGGGGAUUGUUGGCACCCAGGAGCUGGCAUGGAUGAAGCCGUCCGGCCUGUUGGUAAAUACGUCGCGUGGACCAUUGGUAGACGAGUCAGCUCUGCUUUACACGCUUCGCAACGGGCGCAUAGGAGGCGCGGCACUCGACGUUUUUGACAUUGAGCCGCUGCCAGCAGACAGCCCGUGGCGCAAUGAGGACUGGGAUGCGAAGGGAAAGAGCAGGGUAGUCUUGACACCACACAUGGGCUAUGUAGAAGAGGGUACGCUUAAGAUCUGGUAUGAGGAGACUGCAGAGAACUUGGAAAGAUACCUAGAAGGGAAAGAGCUGCUGAACGUGCUCCAGUGAGUUCAACGGGCCUGGCUCGCAUGGUGGAGUGGCAUCGAGUGCGCUCUACACUUUCCAGCAAUACGUAAAGACGAUUCGCUAAGAGUGAUACAUCCGGUUCUGAGUGUC